AUGGUGAGGCGUAAGAAAGCUGGUCAGAAGUCUGGAUUGUGUUCAUCUCCUAGUGUAAACAACAAGGAUAAUGUACAUCGUGAUGAAGUAGUAGAGGAGGAUCUGGUCAGAGAAGAACUCGCGGAUGAGUUUUUUGCAGAUACAGAGGAGAAACUUCAAGAGGUAGGGGAGGAUAAUUUUCUGGAGGGUAACGACGAACCAACAACUGAGAAUGUGGCUGGUUCCAGGUCUUGGGCAAUUGAAUCGGAGGAGACAGACUUUCAGGAAUUGGCAAAGGAAAAGUGGUCUAAAUUUCAGGAGAAUUUUACAGCUAAUGGUGGUGCUCGGCUCAAAUAUGAGGAGCCUCUGGUUCGUGAUGGGAAACUGAUAGCUCAAAUCGAUAUGGAGGAGACUGAAGUGGAGGCAUCCUUCUGGAAGUCAGCCAUGGUAUGUGUUGUUUUAGGAGCCAAUCCCCCUUUAGCAGUUUUUGAAGGAUUUAUUAACCGGUUAUGGGGAAAGUUGGGUAUAGAAAGGAUAGCCCGUAUGAAUGCGGGUCAUACUCUGGUCAAGUUUAGGGAUGAAGCAACUAGGGAUAUGGUUUUGGAAGCAGGAGUGGUUCACUUUGAUAGGAAACCUUGUUUAGGCCAUAUUGCAUCCAGCUGUAAGAAUGCUCAAGAGGUAGUCUGGAGACCAAAACAGCAAGUUACAAAUUCAGGUAAAGGGGAAUCUAGGGGUACUCCGGAACUGAGUGAGUCAAAGAUUGAGGACAAGCCAGUGGUUGUCAAUCAAAUGGAUGCUGGGAAAGAAGCUCAACCUACCAGUAAAGGAGAUCAGCCGGCUUUAAAGGGAGGCUCAAAGGCUUCUAUGAUAACAACAUCUGAAGAUACAAAUGAGGCUAGUUGUUCAAUGACAGAGAAGGAGAAACCUUGGACUACCCCCAAGAAAGUGGGAGGUUUAAGGAAAAAAGGUUCCACAUAUCAGACUUUGAGAGCAAAUAAAUUCAAUGUUCUGGGUUUAAAUAAGCGGAAUAAACAACAAUCCGUAUUACAGUUCUAUUUUGUUCAUAAAAUUGGUUUGGGUGGUUUUCUGGAAACUAAACUUCACAGCAAUAAAAUUGAGGAGAUGAUGCAUGAUGUGUUCGUGGGAUGGAGUUGGUACAGUAGUAAGGCAAUUGAAGGGAGAAUCUUGUUGGUUUGGAAUCCGGAUUUAACUCAUGUAGUUGUGGUUCAGGAGCUGGACCAACUGGUCACUUGUGAAGUGCAAAUAAAGGGUGUUAGUCAAAUAGUUAUUCUUUCAUUUGUGUAUGGCCAAAAUUCAGUGGAAGAGAGGAAAAAUCUCGGGGCUCAGCUUCAAGUUCCUCAGUUUAAUUAUAGGCCUUGGCUGGUAGCAGGGGAUUUUAAUGCAGUUUUUGAAUAUGAUGAUCGAAUUGGAGGAAGGCAGAUUUCUGCCAUGGAAGUGGAAGACAGUAGUCAAUGGAGGGCAAAAUCUCUGUUGAGUGAUUUAAGAUCAAGUGGUUCUUUUUUUACUUGGUCUAAUAAACAAAAAGAAGGUUUAAGAAUAUUCUCUAAACUAGAUAGAGUUUUUGUUAAUGAAUUGUGGAUUGAUACCUUUAAUUGGGAUACUAUAUCUAAUCAUUGUUUUUGUAUCAUCAAAACUGUUCAAUUCCAAAUUUCAGGGGUUAGGCCUUUCCGGUACUACAAUAUGUGGGAUAAACAUCAGGACUUUAGGAGUAUUGUAUUGAAUAUCUGGUCUAAACCAGCAGGAGGUACUGGAUUGCAGAAGAUCCUUCAGAAACUUAGGAGACUGAAGCCUGCCUUGCUUCAGUUCAACAAAGUGCAGAUUGGGGAUGUGGUUCAAAAUUAUGCAACAGCAAAGCAGAAUUAUGAAAUGGCUCAAUUUAUGUUACAGCAGUCUCCUUCCUCGAGUUUAUUACAGCAGGAAGAGGAUGAGGCAGCAGCUGAGUUUGCUAGAAUGUCCAAGUUGUAUAAAAGUUUUCUGAGGCAAAAAAGUAAAAUUAAUUGGCUGAGAUUUGGCGACGAAAACACUGCUUAUUUUCAUGCAAGUUUGAAACAGAGGAGAAUGAGGAAUCGUAUCACGAGUUUUACUAAUGAUGAAGGGAAAAUUGUAGAGAAUCCUACAGAGGAUAAUGUUUUGUCUUUAGAUCAUCAACUUGAUCUAAUUCAUCCCUUUACUAAAAAGGUUGUUAUGAGAGCUUUAUUCAGUAUUCUAGCUACCAAGAAUCCUGGCCCCGAUGGUUAUGGCUCUGGUUUUUUUAAAUCUCUCUGGAAGGAUAUUGGAGAUGAAAUAAUUGAUGCGAUUAUGAUGUUCUUUGAUAGUGGUGUGAUUCCGACUGCAUUGAAUGGAACAAUCUUAUCUCUUAUUCCUAAGGUGCUUCCUGUGAUAAUUCAUCAAAAUCAAGGAGCCUUUAUACAGAACAGACAGCUUGCUCACAAUAUCUUAAUCCUUCAGGAUAUUCUGCAUGGGUACUGUAGGAAGAAUAUUUCUCCCCGCUGUGUUAUAAAAAUUGACCUCAGCAAGGCUUAUGACUCUGUUGACUAG